CUCAUUACAGCAUGUCGUAAAGCAGUUAAACCGCUUUCUUCUCCCAGUGGGGUGUCUGAAGGAAUUCGUGGCAUUGCCGGACAGGAUUUCCAAAUUCCUUCUUUGUGCUCUCCAAGGAAGGCUUUCCGAGGGCAUUGGCGCCAUGCCCUUCUCAACCCAACCUGAAACAUGCAAAGAGCAGAAUGUUCUGGAAGCAACUCUUGAUAAUGUUAGAAACCUCUCCAAUAUUUUGAAAGCCAUUCAUUUCAAAGACCACACUACUUGCUUCGCUUCAUCAAAUGGACUCAAAUUCACGGUGGAAAAUGCAAAGUCUUUGCAAGCCAAUGCUUUUAUUCAGGCUGGAAUUUUCCAAGAAUUUGUUGUGCGGGAAGAAUCUUUGAUGUUCAGAAUCAAUCUGUCUGUGCUUUUGGACUGUUUGACCAUCUUUGGAACAAAUUCUUUGCCAGGAACUCAAACAGCCCUUCGGAUGUGUUAUCAGGGAUAUGGCUACCCUCUAACACUCUACCUGGAGGAAGGAGGGGUGGUGACUGUAUGUAAAAUCAAGACUCAGGAGCCUGAAGAGAUUCUCGAUUUUGACUUCUGCAGUACUAAUGUUGUAAAUAAAAUUAUUCUGCAGUCCGAGGGACUGAGAGAGGCAUUUUCCGAACUAGAUAUGACCAGUGAAGUGCUGCAGAUUACAAUGUCUCCAGACAAACCUUAUUUCAGAUUAUCCACUUUUGGGAAUGCUGGAAACACUCAUCUGGAUUACCCCAAAGAUUCUGACCUUAUUGAAGCCUUUCAUUGUAAUGAAACACAAACAAACAGAUACAAGAUAUCAUUACUCAAGCCAUCAAUUAAAGCAUUAGCUCUGUCUUGCAAGGUAUCCAUUCGGACAGAUAACCGAGGCUUCCUUUCAUUGCAAUAUAUGAUAAGGAACGAAGAUGGAGAGAUAUGCUUUGUGGAAUUUUACUGCUGUCCGGAUGAGGAUGUUGCAGAAGCAGAACUGUAGCCAUAAUGAAAAAAGUUACUGAAUUAACACCUGCGAAAACUGUUUAGUUCAAGACAAAUCGGGAAAGAAAGAGAACAAGAGAACAUCAUUCCCAUUGUAAUGGAAGUCAGGGCAUCCCUGGAGCCACAUAGGUUAGGAUGAUGAAAAAUGGAGAUGGAGUCUUACAUACCCAAUACAGAAACUAGAAAUGAGUCUCUGAAAGAGAGACUGAUUGUAUGCCAAACCAUGAACCACUAACUGAACUUCUGGAGGACGAUUUGGGCAAGAAGCAAACCUGUGUUGUAUCACAUACUUCUCUACAAUUUCUAAUCACCUACUUUGUAUUUGAAUCUAGAAAGCAUCACAAGUUCUGAAUUGAUACAUUUCCCUUUUUAUAUACUAUA